UUCAGUGCAUUCAUUUAAUGUUCAAAUCAUUGCACUGUCAGUAGAUUUUAGUUGUAAAGUAUAUUGUAAAAUAACAAACCCGAGCUGUACAUUUGUUGGUUCGUAGCUGUACACGUAAUUCAUCUAUAGGUUUUACCUUAAUAUUACAGACAUGAUAUACUGGGGGAUAUUUGUGAGACUUCCAUCAUGUCUUAUGGUUUCUCUCUUUCCCCGUCUUUCUCCUCAGGCAUGUGUAGCAGCCUCAGUGGGACCGGCAGCCACUGGCACCUCUUCCACCUGACGGGGCCCGAGUCCCAGGGCAGGAUGGGCGGCAUGAUGAGCUCCCUGACCAUGAUGCACUGUAACACCCUGGAGCACAACAUCCCCAUGUACUAGGACUGUGGCCAGUACUCUAGCAUCUGCUGCCACCCCACUCCUUGUCGUCCCACGGCAGCCUGCAAACCCACCACAUGGCUGAGCCCCGUUGCCCCUCUCACAAACUGGGCACCUCCUUCCCUCAGCCCCAGUCCUGCUACUCUGACCCCCUCUUCCACUCCCCCACCAGGUGAGGCAGCAGACCCAGGGGCUGUGCCCUCUCCCGUGCCCACUGCUGCAGCAGCGCCACAGCUCCCUGCUCUCGUGUGGGCACCAGGAGGAACUCAGAAGGGUGGGCUCCUCAUGCUGGGUCCCUGUCACCAACGUGGGACAGAACCAGGGAGGGUUACAGCAGAAGGACAGCAUCCUCAGAUGCGAAUCGCUUCACAGCAAAGGAUCAGACACACACUCGAACAACAAUCAAUAUAGAUUAACGUGUUGCCGCUAGGAAAUGCAUGGUUGUUAUUUUUUGUUUAUAUAUUGAUGAAUUUCAUCCAUGACUACCAUGUAUGUAGGAACAUAAACUUAUGGUAUUAGAAGUGGUUGAAGAAGCUGUGUUAUGAUGCUGUUAUAUAUGGACUCUUUUUUUUUUUUUCUUGCUACAGGCUGUCAGGAACUACAAUCCCCAGGGCAACCAAUCCUGUCUUUACACGAGAAGGACCUACUUUUGUAGUUGCCAUUUUCUCCUUUGCAUUCUUUUAAGAUGAUAAUAAUCAAUACAGAUAUUUAAUUCCUGCAUUGCAUGAAUUAUCUGUAUAUCUCUUAUCUGCCUCAAUUUUGAUAUUGUACAAUCACGCAAUCAAUCACUACAAAAAUAUAGAAUUGAAGGUAAUUGCAGCUAUAUAAAUGCAGUAGAUGGAGGGUAAACUUCCACAUUGAUACAAAAGACUGAUAAUGUCAAGCUCAGUAUUGGGGCUGUUGUUUAAGACCACUCUUUUUCAUUGAAAUGCACACGGUGUUGUCCACUCAAUCUAUGCUUAGAACCAUUGGAACACUCACAAAAUGAGUCAUAGAAUGUCACAUCCACAUUGCUUAGUAACAGAUUCCACGGGUGUCAAUGUGGGUUUAAUAAACAAAACAAUCACCAUUACCUUUCAAAUCUGUCUUGCUUGAGAUCAACAGAGGCUGGAGUGACUGAGCCUAAGGCAAUUUGAUCCUUUUAACAUCUGCUCAGUUACUUGUCAGAACUCAAAAUGACCUGUUCGCCAGGCUGUUGUGAUGCAGAUCCAUAUUUUGCAUGGGUGGUGGAUAAGCCAAGUAAUGGAAUCUCAACCAUAUGGCCUAUGCCUGUCGGUUGCCACCAGCAACAACAAGCAAAACUCUCCAUGCCAGUGCCCACUGCCAGUUACCACCAACAACAACAAACAACACUGUCAACAUCCGUGCCCAUUGCCAGUCCAAUGAAGGGGGAUUUCAACUCCACAGUCGGACCUGCAUCCCCCACUGAGCCAACGUACAGUUCCCCCAAUCUAACUGGGACAACAGCUGGUUCAGAACCAAAGGUGACGGUCAAAUCUCCCCCAAACAUAAUGUUAGAGAAAAUGAAGAACAUUCUGAUCCGCCAAGGAUCAGAGAAUCCUGAGCUCACAAUUCUGCCCAGCAACAGGCAAAGUGCCCUGGUUCGCCUGGCGGGUCAGUUAGAACCAGGAGAUAUCCCUUGUUCUGUACCCGUCCGUUUUAAUGCCAUCCCUGGGUAUGGGUCACAACCUGUGACGCAAGUAGUUUCACAUCCAGCUGCUGCUCCUCCUGCUACUCCAGGGGCUCUCAUCAAGGCCUCCAGUCCUCCCCCAAUGACAGCAUCCCUACCUCCAAUCCCUGAGAGUGUGUCGGACUGCACCAGCCACUGUACCAUCAAGAUAAAGCUGGACAACCCCAGUGUAGGGAUAGUGGUGCUGCAGAAGGUCAGCCAGCCCGCCCAAUACUCCAGCCCCCCCUUUGCAGGCCACAGAUCAGACGUGGUAGGGAUGUUACCCUUCAGCCAUCCACCUGGGGUCAAGGUCACAGUGGUCAACCCUGUCCCUGUGGGAAUGGUACAGCAAAGAUGCAGCAAGGUAUUCAAAAGGGAAACAGUCAACUUGGCAGACAGCUAA